AUGGAGUUGAACGCUGGUAUACCGUACACGUUCCAACGGGCACAAACGAACAAAUCUACAUCGGACAGUCGAAUAAAUUGCAAAGACUGGUUCCUGCAUCGGCGGGUCUUUAAUAUCGCUAUCUUUGUUCUGGAUUAUCACCUUGCUUAUUCGGGCGUCCGGAUUUCAGUGGACAUGGACAAACGAGUGUAUAUGAUUGAUGAACAAUCCAUAUCAUCGAAGUCCAUACUAACUUUCAUCAACAACUACAUACACAUUCGCAACGAAGCUGUUCUUAUUACUGGAAUGAUGAUGGUGGCCUUGUGGCAACGUGGCCAAUAUUCUUCACUAAUAUCAUUGGCCACCAGCGCAUACUAUCAGGCCGCUGUCUACCUGGACGAUUUGUUCUCACCACAGUGGGGUAUUCCUGCAUUACUAGAUCAGAUUUCACAUGAAAUAGAGUCUGCUGCACUGUUGGUGGGGAUUGUUCAACUCCUCACCAAGCUCAUCGCCAAAUGUCCGCAGAGGCUUGCCAAAUAUCUCCUGCUUGUGAAGACACUGAUUACAAAUAUCAGGCAGUGUAUGAUUCACCGGAAUCCCGAACUAUCACGGAAAGCGACGAAGGCUUACCUUGCCGUGCUAUUACGUACGGGACAGCUCCUACUUGAACAGAUCUCCGUAGGUGCAGCGCUAACUACGACUUCCGUGGGGUCUCCGUGUCUGUCCGCAACACACACAAAUCUGUUUGUUGCAAUAAUCCAAGAUGUGCUUCAGUCCAUUUCCAAUCCGUCGUUGGCGCUCUCGAAAGUUGUUAUUUCUAUUACCGCUUUCACCUACGUAUGCGAGGUAUGUGUUCGAAUUACUUCGGCCAACGAAUUUCUCAACAUCAUCGACAAGCUUCUUGAUCGCAUUGAGCUGGUAGACCUGAACAAGGACAGUUCAUCUGAAGUAGAACCUUUUGAUCUGUCUCGUUUGGUAACAGCUUUCAGUUCACUCAGUACUGUCACCUGGUCUAAGAUUUCCACCAUGCAAAGCAGCUUGGAUCAGAUGAGGGCAACCAAACUCUACAACCGCCUGAACCAACUGCUGCUUCGUCUUUGUGUUCGCAUUGUUGAGUUGUUCCCACUCUCUUCAGUCAGCAUGAGCACAACUUUCAGUGCUGCUAUCCGUUUGGCGAUUGAGAAAACAACCACGGGAGCUUCUUGCGACGCCCUAAAUACGAUGCAGCCUCUGAAUUUUGGUGAACAAUUGGUUUAUCGGGCCGUGCUGCUUUCUUGUCGUCAUCCGCCGAUUGUAUUUACGCCCGUUGACGAUGCUUCCGUACUGGCAGAGUCUCCCCGCUCUAAGCCAUUGCAAAUGUCUGACGCUCCAGUUAGCUACCAAGAUUAUGUCCCUUUAUGGAAGGCACUUCUGGGCAGUGGUUUGGAUGGAAAAAAGACCGAAGGCUCGAAUGAGAGUGGCGCGUCGACAGUCUGCCGUCAUUUCCUGAAGAUAACUAUGCAGUUGUUCCAGCGUAUGGAUCUACAUUACACUGUUCAUGGUGAUGAGGAUGUCUGGACAAAUACUGAUGACAUAGUGAAAUCGGAGUGUCUGGGAGAAGCUACAGGUGAUUUUUACGGGCAGCUGGACACAUUGGAAUUGGAUGCCUUUGAGUUCGAUAAGUCUCAGCUGGUCUCAUUUCGGACACCAAAAGAUGUAUUGAUCUUCGUAAACUUGGUUGAUCUUUACGAGGCAUUAUUUAGCCAGGAGACCGGGGAAGUUUUCAAGCACUGCCUUCCAGAGUUGAUACAAACGAUCUUGGAUCUGAUCCGAAGGUACCCUUUGCUUACUGGGUUUUACAAGUUGUUAAACCUACUUGUCACGUCUGGAGUGCGAUCCGGUUUCCUUCUCCGUACUGGCGAUGAAGGAUCGUCGAAUUCAUAUUGGUCUCCAGAAGCUCGGUUUGAAACCCAACGCCGCCUUGCCGAAUUCUCCUCUGACCUCUGUGUUCAAAUAACAUCACAUCCUGUGGACCGGACAGAGGCGGAUCAGCGGAUUGCUUCUCGUCUGCUUUGUCUUCUUUCGCUUCCUGGCGCCACUUUUAUUGCCCCUAUUGGGCAAUGUGACACGGAGAAAACAAAUAGACACAGCGAAAAUGUGUUAGCAUUUGCUAGCCACAUUUAUCCAGCGAUAUCUAUGGCUGUCCGAAUUGGGGCGGUGCAUUUUGCAUUCUUGUGGGCCGCGGUGAUUUCAGCUCUGAAUCGGUGGCUCAGUGAAUUUCAACUGAGUACUUCCGUAACAAACAGCUUCUUCCUCAUCCUGUAUCCGGCUCUUCGACAAAUUCUAGUGUGGUCUGACGAUUCCGCGAAAGCUUUCUCAGCUCCAAGCAGCAUUUCUUCAAUUCGCAGUCUCCUGCAUCAGCACCAUGAACGACUGGCUAAGAGCAGUGGGCGGACACGUCGAGAUCUGGCGUCCUCCGUUCGACUUAUCAACCGGCUGCGAGAUUUUCACCAGUCCAUUCCAUCUGUCACCGACACGGCUUGUGGUGACGUUUCGAGAAGCCCCUCCCAGAUCCGAAAGAACGCUCAGGUUGAACUGCUCCACCUUCUCGGCAGACUUGGCGGGCUUAUAAUCGCGUCAUUGACUUCAUCGAGCAUUCAAGAGUUCAGACCGGUUGAGUUCCCGUUGGAAUAUUCGUCGGUAGGACUGCGACUCUGUCUACCGUACGCCGAUAUCCGACCGUCCUUUUCUCUCACCGACCACAGUUUACUAAGAUCUGUGCUAGAAGUCAGUUCUGCUGCACAAACAACGCCUAGCACUAGUGCCGCUGUGGAAUACCUCUAUUCGCUUGUGGUGUUCAUGGUUGGGAAGGCAGCUAACACCAUACCCUCAUUCCGGUCAAAAGUCCUCGAUGUAGACUUUUACACUUCUUUCACAAAAUCACUCACGCCGUUUGAUCAGAGUCUCCAGGGUCACAUAUUUCGUUCGACAUCGAUUGAUAGCCCCGUUCGUUCACCGUCCAAAUCGCUGGUCCUUGAGGCACUGUAUGAUCUCACCUUAUGGCGCCAGCUGUUUCUUGCCAGCUUUUACGUUGCUGCUAACAAAAUGCCGCCCAUUAGUCGCCUGUUCUCCAACCUGCUGUUCCAGCUGACUCGCUGGUUUGGUGAGUAUGCAGCUUCCAAUCAUCAGCAUGCCGUAUGCUUUUUCAAAGUUCUCUUGGAUAUUUUAUGUUUGGGAGAUAAUUCAGUCUUCGCAUCGCAAGAACAAUCACCUUCGAUGGCGACGUUGUCCGAUGCAAGGGCUGUACAUCCGAAUUGUGGAGUCCUGCAAAACUUGGCUGCCCGGUGUCUAUAUAAAUUUCUCAUCUUCUCCGUUCGUCGUGCUCGUGUGAGUUCUUCCCCCGGUGUCCGUCUUUUUUCCACGACAAAUCAAACUGGUCAAGACAGGCAACCAAGUUGUAGCGAUGAAACAUUUCUGUUGGUGCUGUCGCGCGUCCAUUCAUCUCUCACGGGUCCGCAGCCCGAAGGUCUGUUGGGUGCCCUGCACGCGUUGGAAAAGGUCAUUCUUCCUAUUCUAUGUAAGGACCAAGAGCUUGUGGAGGUCCAUGUGUUUCAAAUAUUCGCUCAUUUGCUGGACUUGAUUGUUUUCGUGCAGGCCAGUACGAAUCCGACAGAAGAUAUCAACAACCACAUCUCCAAAGUUUUGUUAUCUUGCUUCAAAGUUGUCGUCCGCACGAUCCUCAAAUUCUCCCGGACGUUGCAUGUUGAGCAGUCAGAAGAGUUCCUUUUCUGCUCACCCACAAAGCCGAGUCUACUUCGAACUGGAGCUACAAAGCGCAUGAAGUUGGACGAAAGCCAGUCAUCCGAUUUAAAAGCUUCUGAACUCAAUAAACGGAUUCGUCCCAAACGAUGGAAAGAUGCAAAUAUUGAGGGAUGUGUGUGGGCCUUGUUGAGCUGCAUUGGACAACUCCAGAAUCCACAGUCUUCUGAGUUAGCCACUAGAUGGUCCGAUAUGUGCUUUCUAUCAUUGAAGAAGUUAAUAUGUUGUCUUGGGGAACUCAAGCGAUAUCAGUGGAGCGCACGUACUUCGGAAUCCUCCAUCUCGACAUCCCAUCUAUUCUUUCAAACUGCGUUGGACACAGGAAACGAGGAAAUGCUAAUCGCACGCGCCCAAAAUCUAUCGUCCUAUGUCCAUCAAAGGAUUCGUGAUGUAUUUUCGAACACCUUCCCGCAUGAUUCUGAAACAUAUUCCACACAAAGAAAGGUCCCCGUGCUAUCAGAUCAGAGUGUACCAGUGCUUUCCCGCCUUCUGCAAUAUGUCACCUGUCUACUUCAUUCCGUGCCUCAGAACCUUUCAUGGAGACAGCAGUUUAAUUCAGCUGAGUUCGGGGCAUCACUUUUGGGGUUGGUAAAACUGGCUUGCUCACUCUUUGGCUCAUCUCCGACGGAGGCGGUACACCAAGUUCUACUUGAUGUCAUUGGCUUAGCUCUAGCGUCCCUGGACAAGACUACUAUAAUCGAGUACUUGUUGGACCAGCUGUUACUAACAAAAGAAAACGGAAGCUUUCAACAGCAUAAACUAUCUUCAGGCCUCAGUGACAAGACCGUCUGUCAGUUACUACUCUGGGGUAGAACAGAAAUGCCGACGCGGAAGGGAUCGUGUGGGCCACAGCUUUUUGUGUCAAAAGACUCACCGUACUCGAGUUGCUUUAUCGACCGUGUGCUAAACCGCGUGCGACUAGCAAUAGACACAUUCGACCCGGCUGUAUUGAACAGAGCUGUUACUUUGCUCACAACCUGCUUGGAGCUCUGCUUAUCCUUGCAAGGCAGCGCAAAGAUUAACAUUGCGGUUGAGACGUCGCCAAAACAACAAGGAGACGUAUCUAACAUCAUUGUAUCACGGAUUCUGGACAGCUGGACCCAGCUGUUUGAACGGUUAGUAUGCGCUUCACCUUAUCAGCAAUGGUCGAACCAAGUUAUGCUCGGAUUCAUGGAGCGGUUGUUGAUGCUCGGCCCAAAGGGUACUGACUGGAAUCCUCUGGUACCAACCGUGGUUUUCCUUCUGCGCGAUCCUGGAUUAUCCCUGGGACAAAAGAUCUGCGUCCUCGACAUGCUUUCCAUUUUUCUCCGUUCGGUACGAAGUGCUAGCCGGGUACGUGAGAGCUGUGCAAGUGAAACGGACAUCAACAUCUUGCAAGCUCUGAAAGAAUUCUUGGCCACCCAACUGCCAAUAAACCAAGAAGAAUUCAAAAGAGAUGGUAGCAAAUCUGAAGAGUAUCGAAAGGUCUUCACGACGCUUCUUUCUUGCUUGGAAUUAACGGGAUCUUGUGUUAUACUCGAGGCACUGCUGAUCCCUUUUUGUCGGGAAGACCUCCAUCCUAUGGACGUAUCACUGGAGAGUGCACUUGCGGCCACGAUGAAGCGGCAUCGUCACUGCGUUCCCACACAGCUGGCUUUUUUGGAUUUAUGCCACGAACAGCUGAUUCCAUCUAUGCAUGGUGAGAAAGCCCAUCAACCAGUUGCACUGGACUUUGUCUGGCGCUUGAAUGAAAAGUUCUUCGAACCGCUAUUGCUCCAUGUUUCACAUACAUCUUUGGAAAUAUUUGCUGUCAACCAUGUGAAUGACUGGCUUGGCGUGUUGCGACAGUUAGACAUUUCGUCUGACGGGACAGACGCUCUGCAUGACCUGUUCGUUGGUACACUGUGCUUUAAUCUGUUCACCGUUCUCUACAACCGAUUGCCAAAGGUACUCGUACAUGAUAAGGAUGCCAAGUUGGUGAAGACUGUCAUUCAAGCCGAUCAUGGUGGACAGGCUUCAGUAGAAUACAAAGGUGUCGAACUAACCAGAUCAUUAAUUAAACUGGCUAAUGACGUCUUGGACAAAUUGCAAUCGAAUCCCACUCCGGGACUGGAAACUUCUUCAAGCAGACUGAAGAAGGCACGUCGACACUUUUUUUCAGCUGCGUGGUCAUGUCUUUCAGCAGCCGUAUGUUCCACGCAGACGCAGAUGAAGUUCUAUCAGAAGCUUCUCUUCCGUGACGGUCUUUUCCAGCAGCUAUUGCCAGAUUCAUUUGAAACACCAUUGUAUCUUCCAAGCCAACAUCCAACGCUACAUCGUGGGCGAUUUCUAAACGUUCCGGAAACCUUGUGGUCUAGUGAUGAGCUGAACUCUCGGGCCAUCACCUUCCAGCCAAUGAUCAACGAAAAAACACCAAUCGGAUAUGGACCACCGUACGGUAGUCCGUCAGGAAUCUUCAACUCAGCGUUCGCGGGGAGUACAUUAGCUCUGGAAUUGAAUCGAUUCGAUCGCAUUGCUGGCACGCAGUUACUGGAGUUGGAAAUGCACCAGAACACUGUGGAGACUGAGUAUGCGGAUACCAAUGAGCCCGUGUCAAAUAUCACUGUAGUAUCCGGCACCCCACCCACGAUGACCACUGGUAAAUGUGUUCAGCUGCCUAUGGAUAGUGUGAAUCGUGAGCCUCUUGUCUCUGGAAUGACGGGUUUGUUGAAGCACUUGAACCGGCUGCCACUCUCCACAGAAGAUACAACGGUGGAUUUGACCAGGGGCGAUCCGUUUUGGUCCGGCUACCUGCACGGACAAAUGAUGCGGUCAUCAGUCCCUGUGAACGUUCAGACUUGUAUUGUGAAAAUUAUUGACAACUGUCCCGAGGUGUUUCAGCCGUACGGUCGCACAUGGUUACAGGUCUUGUUACAAUUCCUGUCAUCUAACCUCACCGGGGUUGUGAUGUGCAAUGUCCCUGCCAGGACGUUCACAACACUGUUCACGGAUAUCUGUCUAAUGCUGGCACGUUGGGCUGAUCCUUCCUAUUCGAAUCCAACCAUCCCCCAAACACCGACUGAGCGUGAUCUGGCCACACAGCUGUUGGGCAUGCUGUUUGAACACUUGUGCGGGAACCGUGAGCCCCACAUGGAUCCUGCUACCUCACAACAAAUACCACGAUCGGCAGAACCCCGAACGGGUCUCCCGGAACUAUUCAAGUUGUUGAUAGAAUGUUGGGAAGAGACAGUACAGCCUCCAUGUCAAGCUGUUCACGAUGCGCUUUGCCGGACCGAUGUCUCGACGAAACAACUCCUAGUAACCUUGGAUUUGACAACCUCCAUGUUGCGCUCCAAGAUGAGCUUCGACCAACCACAGAUGAAUUUUUCACUUGACAAGAUGGCCGGUUUGCUUAUCCCUUUACUGGAUCACGAAAACCACUCAGUACGGAAUAGUGCUCUUUUGGCAGCAGCACUGCUAUUGCACAAGGGGAAGACUUCGACAACAUCGCAAGCCAGCUUGGCAACUGGAAUCAAUUCACAGUCUUUACCAACUCUGGACAGUAUGGAAAGAAAUAUUCAUGAUAGAAUAACUUGUUUAGGCCAGUCGUCAACAUCUUCGACGUUCAACGCCCACCAAAGUCUAAGUUUGGAGCUUGCCUGCCGAGCAGCUUUGAGCUACAUCGCCCUUCAAACUCAUUUGAUACAGGUGGCUAGCGUAGCUUUCCAGCUAAACCAGCUCUCUGGCUCCACUUUGAAUGCAUACCUGAAUCUACUAAAGCAGUUCAUGGCCGAUUCGGUUGAGGUCUCUUCCACUAUGGUGGCAUCGCUUACCCAGUGUUUGUUUUCAACUGACACAACGCAUCAAGAUUCGACGAGUAGGCCGCAAAACUUCUUCGAACAACUGAGCCUGAAAUCAUCCGAUACUGUGAAACUUGGGCUAGAGGUGGGAAAACAAUGGAUCAGAACUGUGGUCAGUUAUUCAAAGGGCCUUCCGAAACAGGCAAUAAUCAACUCCUCGACGAUCACUCCUUACCGGUACCAGAUACAAUCAGUUCUAUCCUCUGCGGUCAAGUGUUUUAGUUUGAACGCUCCGCGUGAUGUCCGCGAGGCUUUUUAUCAGAUAUGCAUAACCGUAUGGGAGUUUAGAGCCGAAUUGGAACCAGCUAUUGGUAUGCAUUUGGCCAAGUUUGGUCUUCUCUACGGAUUGACGGUGGAAACAGAUUUGGAACUGGCGUCCAACAUCAGACGAUUCGUAGAUGAUCGUUGUUUGCCCUCAACCACCAUUGAUCGGGCUAUACACAUACUGGCCGACUUCGGGUCUUUGACAAACCUAUGGGACGGUCUACCAGAGUCAAUUUGGGACUGGACACAAAGCUUAGUUUUGCAGAUGUUUCCCCAACUACUCUAUACAAUCAAUGCGCUGACACUUGAACGAGCAACUCUUACUGCUGAGUAUCAACAGGUGUUCUUCGAUCGGCCACUGGAUCCAAGCAUCAGUUUCCAGGAUUUAAACCUCUCCGCUUAUAACUCCGUCAAUUUAAUGACUUCGGAUCCAACAAUUGCAAGUCUUGCACCUUUUGCUACUCAGACAGCGUUUACAACCACUACCCGAGCGGACAAAACAUUUGCGUUUACCCGAAUUGUAACUCAGUCAAAAACUCUUACAGCUGGAACACUGACUAUUGAGGCCAGCCAACAAAUGACACAACCAGUCAAUAAGAAAGCCCGAACAGAAGAACCAACAUACUUGAACUCUGUUGCGUUUCCAUCCGUAUCGCAGGCUCCCCAAACGCCUUCUGAAAGCUUGACUGAAGCCACGCCUACACCUUACGAGCUGCGGAUUCAGCGACUUCGGAACCAACUGAACUGGAGAGAGUCGACCAACGCCAAUCAUACCGGGGACUUCACAAAGGAGCACGGUAAAAAGGAACGCAACAUUUUUCGCGAACGAGCUAUCGCUCGUCAACGGGCUGAAUUUCGCCUGUUUCAACGGGCAUCUCCCACACACACAUUGGACCCGCACCUACAGACCACAUUGACCGCCAAAUACCGUACAGGACCAUUACCCGAUGUGGAAAGCAUCAGUCCAGCCUCACUGUUGGACCCACUUCAGCGACUGUCCGCUGCACAGCCGUCAGCAGCAGCCACUGUUUUUGUCAAUCUUUAUUGUGUUCUCCUACAAUCAGUGUCUUCUCAGACAGAGAUUACGAACAGCACCUUAAACCGCUUCGCCGAGUCGCUUCAUGAUAUACUCCGUCUAACUUGCCGAUUGGCGGCCAUCUCCACCACGGAUUCUGCGUUGCACGACGUAACCACAGCGUGCCUAGUGCUGUUGUCAAAACUGGUAGAAAUCCAUUCUAUAAGAGCCAUACCAACAACUCCAAUGCCGCUGUCCUUGGAUUCAUCAACUGUUGCCACUUCUGCUGUUUUAACGAAGAGCGAGCCGGUUGCAAUUGUGCUGCUUGAAGAAGCGUUCAAUUUGGCACUCCGUCAACGCAUACCUAACACACGCUUGACCUGUGUGAAUGCCCCUUCAUGGAGUGACCCACCAGAGCUUGUUUAUUUUCCGCAACCUUUUCAAAAUUUGCUGAUGCAAUCUUCCCAGGCAUCCGAUCAAUCUCUAGAAGCAUCCACAGUGUGGUGGGAUCUGACCAGACUUUAUCGAUCGAUCGGCCGAUUUGAAGAAGUUCUCGGUUGGCUUCUAGACCGUUGGAGUAUCGAUAGCCAACUAUUCCCACUCAUUGGUGAGGCGUUGGUUACCAUAUCCGAGCUUAAUUACACGAACGCUCGCCUGGCUUUCGAACAAAUACUAGAAACACCUCACCUUUGGACCACCUGCCCGGAUACGCUGGAGCCCGGACUGCAAGCGAUAUGUCAAGACGGACUGAUGGCCUGCUUAGAGCGCAUGGCUAGCUGGGAUGACCUGGAUGUGCUAACAUCGCGUGGUUUGAAAUCGCUUACUAUGGACACAUCAGCUGGGUCACAACAACUGCACAAUGUAUCGUUCUCUUCCGUAUGGCCACACCUACACAACGACUCUUCUGUCGUGGAAACCCUGUUGCCCCUACUGUUUCGAGCUCGUCUCAAACGCCUUCAGGACGCCAUGGUUCAAUCCCAAUAUGAAGAAGCAUCUGGACCGUCCAGUUUGGAGGCAGCUAACAUGGACUUGUGUGAUUUUGUUGAGUCUGCGUUGGAACACGACAACGUGCGAUCCCUAUUUGAAGUCCGUUUCUCGGAGGAACUCAGUAUCUUCUACUGCUGGAAAGGAGAUUUUGUGCGUGCCCUGUACUUCCAAGAGCGAGCUCUGAAACAGCAUGCAUCGGACUGGCGUGAAAGCAUAGCAUGCGAUCCAUUUCGAUCCGUAGGAAAAUCUGCCCGUGCUCAAACGCUAACUGAACUCAGUGAAUUCCUGAAUAACAUGUUGAACAAAGAUAUUAGCUUUAACAAGAUCCAGAGCAUUGUCGACACAUGGCACAACCGCCCACCGCAUCCCUCUCUGGACCCCCUCUCUGCUUGGAACGACAUAAUUCUUAACCGUCUGUUCUACCUAACAAUCAUGAGUACAAAGUGUGGUCCACCCAGUGGGGCAUCGUCAGCACUUGGUGAACGGGGGGAAGCCGUAAAUCCGCACUUUUUGGACAGGACGAUCUUUUCUCUUCGAAUGGCGGAGGUAAAUGCUUGUAUCACACAAAAUGACCCGGUUCUGGCGCUGAAUCACCUGAAGAACAUUCGUAUGUUGGCUCAGCGUGGCAAUGCGGUCGAAUUACUCGGUGGAUAUUCUCAUCCAAAGGACGAUUUGUGGUUGCGCUGGUGUGAAGCGUUUGCCGAUGCAUGGGUCGUUUGGUCCGACAAUGCAGUAACUGUCAAUGCCCGGCUACCCACAAAGUCAGUCGAAUCUCAGUCUACUCUGCGGCAAGUGUGUGCAAUCGAAGAUCUUGUGAAAGGAUUGGCUAACGCUGGAUUGCACCUAGUUAACUGUUCCACGAAUCGACCUCACCUACUUACUGACUACUCAUCCGGAAGCCAUGCGGAUAUGGCGCCAUUUACGUUUUUCACCAAAGUUGGGCGCCUGUUGUCACGACUGUCUCUUCUAGUGGAUCUACCGGCCGAUGAUGGCCAAUUGUCACCACAGGCCUCGGAUCGCCUAAACCUACUGCUCCGCCAACUUGGAACGCCUCCGUUUUCUUCGUAUGGCUGCGACACAUCUUCGUCUUCUACAUUGUCUGCACGCCUUAGCUCAUAUACACUGUCCCUGUCUUCCCAAGCUACCCGAAUGGCAAUGGCUUUGAAAUUUGAGACGAGCAAAAUGACGCCCUCCCUCAUUCAGCAGUUAUCCGAACCAAUGAUCGUGUUAGCUGACUUCUGUGAUCGGAAGCUCAUUUCAGCUUCCCCAUCGAUCCAGAAAGCGAUGAAAACUGAUUCCGAACAAUUGUCGACUAGCGCCUUAUGUUAUUCAUUCAUCGAAGCCACAUUGUGUUCAAUGCAAUUAAAUCAUCGUGCUGGGCAUCUUCGUUUCCCUCGAGCUCUGCAGCUUGCUUCCAUAGACAAUGAUCCUGGAUCAAGUAUCCAAAGUCUAUUUAUUUCUGGCACUGCUAAACUGCCCACCUGGAUGUUUACGCAGUGGCUGGACUUGCUUGUCACCGGGCUUUUCGCAACUGCCACUUCAGAGCCGGUGCUGGUGAAUCAAAUAAUCGACCGGGUUGCUGUAGACUACCCGCAAAUAAUGCUUCCUCCAUUCUUGGUAAAGACAUCUGCCCUCCUGGACGACCACUGGUCGAGUACGGAUGAACUUGCUGGCAGUCCUGGUUUCAAUGUUCAGUCUAUUAACGAUGCAGCUAGACCAACUGUUCACCGACUCUUCCGGUUGCUGUCAGAGUCACAAGUUUACGCGCGCUUCGUGGAGGAGCUGUCUUUUUUGGAAGAACCGAAAUUAGUUCUGAAAGAUUGGCUUGCUUCUCGAGCGAAACGAACUCUGAGCAACUCGGAACCAAACAGCGCUGCACGGCUUGCCCUGGUUCGAGAUUACACAAACCUAUUGCUACGUUCAUUCAGAAGGUCGACUACUUGUGAACUGUCUCCAGAAGGGUUUAUUGUGGAAGCUGCAAGCGGAUCACUUGCUUCGGGAUCUCAUCGAACCAUGCUUUCCGAACGGCUUAUGGAGGCCUGCAAUCAAGUAUUUGGUCCAGGCGGGUCACAGUUUGUCUUCGCUUCCGUAAACGACAUCGAGCAGAGCAUUAAACAGCUGGAACUUUUUUUGGAAACUCAACAGACUCCCUCCAAUGUGAACCGUCUGGCUGAUUAUUCCCCAUGGUUGUCAUCUUUCUCAUCGAAUGACUUUGCAUGUGCACAAUUUUUGUCCGUCCCUUCUGCCCAGUAUUCGUCGAUCAACCAUACUCAACUGGCCCAAAGAGUGCAUAUCUUUCGAUUCGGCUUUUCAUUGAAUACACUUGUUUCACUAAGGCAACCAAAACUCAUCAGUCUCGUUGGAUCCAAUGCAAAGCAUUAUUCGUGGUUGGUAAAGGGAGGUGAAGAUUUACGACAGGAUACACGUAUUCAGCAUAUGUUCGCAAUCACAAAUCAGUUGCUUGGAAGCAAUCGGUGUGGCGCGGCCUCGUUUUUCCAUCCGCAAUCGGAAAACGUUCCGGUACUUGUAAGAACCUAUUCCAUCGUACCGAUCUCCAGCCAUAUUGGCCUGGUGGAGUGGCUUGAAUCGACAACUACUCUACUGGCUUUUUACAAGGCCGCAAUGUGUGAUACAGAGCUACAGAGUUUCAAGCUUUCUACGGAGCAGACUAUUCACAUAAAUCGAUCAAAUACCUGGCUCCAGGUUUCCUAUCCACCGGGAGCUUUUUGUGUGGAUCGGUUCAAACGUCGUUCGAUAUCCACUGCGCUUCCCGUCGAUACAUUGAUUUUGACUUUCUUUCGAAGAUUGGAGCAUCGAGUCCGCCCAUUCUAG